GUGACACAUUGGGCCUGCUGUUGGACGUGGACAGACAGUACCUGGUGUUCUACCUCAACGGCGACCCCUUGCCUAGCUAUAAGCAGCUGUUUACACAUGCCAAGUCUGGUUUCUUUGCUGCCGCCAGCUUCAUGUCUUUCCAGCAGUGCGAGUUCAACUUUGGGGCCAAACCUUUCCACUUUCCGCCGCCCCUUCAGUUCAAGACCUUCAACCAGUUUGGCUACCUGAGGCCGGAGGAGAAGAUUGUAUUGCCUAGGCAUAAAAAAAUGGCGCUGAUGAAUCAGUUUGUGGUCAGCGACGAUGCCUGCACCUUGUGUUUUGAUCAUAUUGCUGACACCCAGCUGCUACACUGUGGCCAUAGAGGUUUCUGUGAGGUCUGCGCCCUGCAGCUCGAAAAGUGCCCAAUCUGCAGGAAGGAGAUUCUAGAGCGAGUUCGCUGCCAUGGUGACGUCAGCUCCCAGAUGCCAGUUCAGUCCCUGAUACCCACAGCGGCUGUGUAG